AUGGCGCCUGUCCCGCCAGCUUCGCACCACCACCAGUCUGGUCGGCCGCCGCCUCGAAAUAUCCAAAUUACGCGAAACCCAAUUCAAGAGAGGCCAACAACUGCAGAUCGCAAUCGACCUUUGCCGCCCCCUCCGACCUCUGUUGCCGAAAGCUAUGAGAUUCCGACCCUCCGUCCAAAACCGGUGCCGGAUUCUCCUGACUCCAAUUCAUUAAAACAUAACCAUAACCGCUCCUUUAGUCACCCGUUUCCUUCGAUUUUCGGUUCAAAGAGAUCUGACAAAAAGCACAAUCGCAGCGAUGUUGAUGCUGCUGGUAGUAUGGGCCGUCAUGACGAAGGGAGUGCCAAAAUGUUAAAUGGCGAGGGCUCUUCGCAUCGUGGAGAUCGUCAGCCGGUGACUGGGAAAUGUAUGACUUGCGACUCGACUGUACGGUGGCCUCAGGGACUCAAGGUUUUCCGGUGUACAACAUGCCUGAUGAUAAAUGACCUCGAAGGAAGUCCUGAGAAAAGAGGGGAAACAGGUACCGGUCCUUCACCACCGCGCAAAAUUGUGCCAUUGUCGCUCGAGAGAACUAGGACCCUCAUCGAUCGUUGUCUGAGACAGUAUCUCGAGUCUCAUGUCGAACAAAAUCAAUCGCCUGCCAACGCCAUUGGAAUCGAAGGUCAUCCCCCGGUCGAGGAAUCGUUCUUGUUGGAUGGGACUCCGCCAGACGGUAUAUUCUGUGGCCCAGUCCAUGAUGAGCAGGAUUCACCACCACCAUCGCCACGUCCUACAUUGAAAGCGCGAAGUCCUUCAGAUUCGACAUCAUCCACGGUACAACCCAGCCGCGUUGGCGGCAGUGCUUUCGUGCAAGGUAAUUCAGCUGAUCCAUUUUCAGCUUCCGUUCCAACGCACAACCGGCCUCAAGACCCAAGAGGACGUGAUCUGGCCGAUGCCGGACCGAACGCCAUAGCUUACUCAGGUCCCAGAGUUGAUAUCUUCCGAAUGGUGGAAUCCUACAUUGCUGGAUGUUUUGUUGGUUGUGCCACGCUGAACAACUCCUUUCUCACCUCGAAGCCGCCACAAGAGCCCAAAGCCAGGCCGAGUUCGGCCACACAACCGAGGCGUCAAUUGUCUGAACCCACACCCACGCCCUCAUUUGACGCCGACGUCUUCUUAUCUGAGCUUGAUGCCAAAACUCUACUACUUGGUGAUGUGGCAGAGAAUGGUUCGUGGUGGUUGGGUGCCCCCGGAGGCCGGGUACCUCCGCCGUCCGGGAAAGAAGGACAACACCAGCGGGACAGAUCCCCUGAUAAACUGCGUGGAACUGUAUCUGCGAGGAGCCCAAGAAUAAACUGGCUUGAGCUUGCUGAAUGGUACCGCCUCGUGAUAUAUGCGGGCGACCUGUGGGAGCAGAGAUGGCACGAAAUACGACCCAAGUCCUCAGAUCCCAAAACACAACAGCAAUGGCAAUCCAUCCCCUUAGACCACAUCCAGAGAGACAUCAUCGAGUCACGGAUACACCUCCAACGAAGCUUACUCAAAGUCACAGAAAAUGUAUUGAAGCGUCCGAGACAACCAUUAAAACAUGCUGAAGACUGCCGGUUUCUCCUGAUAUUAUUGGCGAAUCCGCUGCUUACUCCGGCAAGGCUUGAAGCCGGGAAGAUGUUUGGAUUCACAAUAACCAAUCCACCGUUGUCGUCAGCCAAGCAACAUGACGAGAGACCUCGUGGCUCUCCCUCAAAACGUGUUCCAAGCUCUGGGAGACGACCCGGGAGUUUGGGCCAUCAUUCAGGAAUAAUCAAACGCAUACUGGGUCUGAUGGCCAAUUUGUCGAAUGAAAACCAUCAACAUUUAGUGGCAUGGUUUUCUCGAUAUUCUGACGGCCAUUUCCAACGUACGGUCGAAAUGGUGAGUAGCUUUGUGACCUAUCGAUUGUCACGACAGCAGAAACGACCUGUUCAGGAACCGAUCAAUCCGACCGAGGGUCUUGUUCCUAGCUUUUCUGAUACCGGGAUACGUCAUGCUUCUCAAAUUCACGCCGCGCUCGAAGGAAGACCUUCUUCCACUUCUGCCAACAACUCUGACGGAAAGCCAAAGUUCUCUGCGUAUGGAGAAGACUGGCAAAUUCGGGUGGCUGCACGGGUCAUGGCAUUGCUCUUCCAGGCGAAUGUUGGACACACUGCUCGCAAAAGAGAUGCUAGUGCGGCUCAUGAACAAAGAUUUCCGAGUCCGGGACUCAACGCAAAAUAUCAGGCAUAUUCUCAUGGCCAGAUUAUUCCCAUCAGCAGCUUUUAUAAUACCAUGUUGGACUAUGCAGAUUUGGUGGCCGACUUUGAGACCUGGGAGACCACCAAAACCAAGUUCACGUUUUGUCAGUACCCCUUCUUCCUCAGCAUCUAUGCCAAAAUCCACAUCCUCGAACAUGACGCACGACGGCAGAUGGAGGUCAAGGCCCGAGAAGCCUUCUUUGACAGUAUCCUCAGCAGAAAAGCGGUCAGCCAAUAUCUGGUCCUAAAAGUCCGACGAGAUUGCCUUGUUGAAGACAGUCUACGUGGCGUUUCCGAAGUAGUGGGAUCUGGAGGAAAUGACAUCAAAAAAGGGCUCCGAAUUGACUUCCAAGGAGAAGAAGGUAUUGAUGCAGGUGGACUUCGCAAAGAGUGGUUUCUACUCUUGGUGAGAGAAAUUUUCGAUCCCUAUCAUGGAUUGUUUGUCUAUGACGAAGACUCCCGAUACUGCUAUUUCAAUCCCUACUGCUUCGAAUCAUCUGAGCAGUUUUUCCUGGUCGGUGUCCUUUUGGGAUUGGCCAUCUAUAACUCGACCAUUUUGGAUGUGGCAUUUCCACCUUUUGUUUUUAAGAAGAUGCUGGCCUCAGCUCCUUCAACUGGUGAUAAAUUAAUGUCGACCCCGAAGGUCGGCCAUGGUUGUACCUUGGAGGAUCUUGCUGAAUUUCGUCCUGCGCUCGCUCGCGGAUUCAGACAGCUCCUGGAAUUUGAAGGCGAUGUUGAAGAAACUUUCUGCCGAGAUUUUGUCGCAGAAAUGGACCGUUACGGAGAAAUCGUCAGGGUUCCAUUGUGCCCUGGAGGCGAAAAGCGGGCGGUGACCAAUUCGAAUCGAAGAGAAUUCGUGGAUUUAUACGUGCACUACCUUCUCGAAACAGCUGUUGCACGACAGUAUGAACCGUUCAAACGGGGCUUCUUUACUGUCUGUGGCGGCAAUGCCCUGUCACUUUUCCGCCCAGAAGAAAUUGAACUACUGGUGCGUGGCUCUGAUGAGCCCCUUGAUAUUACCAGCCUCCGUGCCGUUGCUACCUACGAAGGAUGGCCCAAAAACGAAGGUCCGCCAGACCAACAACCUCAGGUGGUCUGGUUUUGGGAAUUCUUCGCCAGAGUAUCUCCAGCCGAUCAAAGGAAGAUUCUCGGUUUUAUCACAGGGAGUGAUCGGAUUCCUGCUAUGGGCGCAACCAAUCUCAUCAUCCGCAUCCAAUUGAUUCGAAGCAAAGAUGAGACCGACCCACUCGGACGACCGACGAACAAGCCUAUUGAACGUUUUCCGAUUGCCAGGACUUGCUUCAAUACACUCAGCCUGUACAGAUAUAGCAGUCGAGAGAAACUUGAGCACAAGCUUUGGAUGGCCGUGACGGGAAGUGAGGGUUUCGGUCUGAAAUGA